UUUUGUAGAAGCGUUUCUGGAUUGCGCCAGAAGCAUUCACAGAGAGAGAGAGAGAGAGACAGAGAGCGGUGGAAGCAUGGGUUGGGUUUGGCGGGACGACGGCGACGACGCCGAUUCACCAAUCUCCGGCGAAAUCGCCAAGUACGGAAGCUCCGACGGAAGCGCAGGACCCACCGACCGGUGCUCGACCCGGAAGGUCGUGAAGUCUCGCUGCCGGACGGAGGAGGUCGAGCCUGGCAGAUUCAUCCGCAAGUGCGAGAGGACCGAGGAAAUCCUCCGCGAUUGCGUCGGAAGGCCUAUUGAAGUGGUGCAAUCUAACAAAGAGUAUACGGAAGAUGAUGUGACCGAACUGGUCCUUAGAGGGUCUUUCUCAGCCGGAUCUCCAGACCAUGGAGUGUUCGACUUUCCAGGACAGCAGAGCGACAUCGAUGCAAUCGGUCGGAAUCUCUUUGGUAACUUAGACCGUUUCUUCAAGGGGGCUGAGGAGAUGAAGAAAGGGUUUUUUGGGAUGUUUGACAGCCCUUCCUCGUAUGAUGGAGAUUCGUCUUGGUCAUCUAUGAGACGAGGGGUACCGAUUGAAGAGCCUUCUCCCAGAAGAAAAUCGCCUGGAGCAACUGAGGCAGACUCUGGACUUGACCUUUCUGGAAUAGCUAAGGACGUUUAGACCAAGCCUGUUAGUCAUCAAGAUGGUAUAUUGCAUUUUUGCAAGAUUUUCCCUUUUACUUUUAAGUAGGCAAGAAUGACUAUUGCAUCUUGAAAUACAUGUGAUGUUGCGGAAGCUGUUUGUGAACAUUUUGGCCAAUAAAACAGUGUUUCCUUGGGAAUGAUCAAGGUUGAAGUUUUGGUCAAUUCUACAGUGAGCAAUGUAUC